AUGUUUUUUCAUGUAAAUUCCGUGAUGAAUAUCGGAAGGCUCAUAAUUGAUAAUUCAGGACAUGAGCAUUCAAAUCUAGCAUAUUGCACUGGCUUAUCAACUUCAAGACAUCCGAUGAUAGUUGAAGUUCUACGUGAUAAUUCAAAUCAAACUGAAUUAAUGCACUGCAGUAAAAAUUCACUUUACAACACUUUUAAUGGUAAUCUUAAACUUAUUGUAAACGUUGACUGA